GUAAAUUGCACCAAUGCCCACGGCAAAGUCCAACCAUGUCUUUCGAUUGUGUAUUCCGCUACGUGUCAUUUCGCUGUAGACAGCCAACGUGCCGGCAGCAAGUUAACCGAUUAUAUACAUAUUUAUAUAAUCACGUGAUUAUAUAUAGGUCAGGCCGAAGGUUUACAAAAAAUAAUUGUGAUUUCAUUUUCAUACUGUCGAUAUCCUCUCUAAUUCUCUUUUUCUGCCCUCGAUAUCUGCCCUCGUUAGUCCAAUUUUUCUAGGGUUUGCCGGAAAAUCCUCUCCAAUUUUCCCGAGAAAAAUUCUAGGGCGCGCGCAGAUAUGAGCUUUCAGGAUCUCGAAUCUGGGCGCCCUUUGGCUCAGUCCCGGCGAGAUUACAUCAAUGCUAAGCAAGAUCCGACGCAGGCCGUUGCUUCUGGCAUUUUCCAGAUCAAUACCGCGGUUUCAACUUUUCAGCGACUCGUUAAUACGCUUGGAACCCCCAAGGACACGUCAGAGCUACGGGAGAAGUUGCACAAGACGAGGCUACAUAUUGGGCAGUUAGUCAAGGAUACCUCUGCUAAACUUAAGCAAGCUAGCGAAACAGAUCAUCAUGCUGAAGUUAGUGCCAGCAAGAAGAUUGCAGAUGCUAAACUGGCAAAAGAUUUUCAAGCAGUUUUAAAAGAGUUUCAGAAGGCUCAACGGCUGGCAGCAGAAAGGGAAACGGCAUAUACUCCUUUUGUUCCCCAGUCAGUUCUUCCUUCCAGCUAUACGGCAAGUGAGAUAGAUGUAGGUCCAGAUAAGAGUCCUGAACAACGUGCUCUUCUUGUGGAAUCUAGAAGACAGGAGGUCUUGUUGUUGGACAAUGAGAUUGUCUUCAAUGAGGCUAUCAUUGAAGAAAGGGAGCAGGGAAUACAAGAAAUCCAGCACCAAAUUGGCGAGGUGAAUGAGAUUUUCAAAGAUCUUGCUGUGCUGGUCCAUGAGCAAGGAGUUAUGAUUGAUGAUAUUGGCUCCAACAUUGAUGGUGCCCAGGCUGCAACAGCACAGGCAAAAUCCCAACUUGCAAAAGCAUCAAAGACCCAACGAUCAAAUUCAUCUCUGACCUGCUUGCUGUUGGUGAUAUUUGGGAUCAUCCUCCUCAUUGUGAUCAUCGUAAUUGCAGCUUAAUCAGAAAAUUCUUAGAGUCCAAUCAUAGAGCAGACCUGUAAUCUGCUUGGCAACAAGGUGUGGUCUCUUUGUUAAUUUCUUUGGUUUUGAUGUUUUACGAGACAUGCAUGAUGAGGGACUGAAACUUGGCUUCAAUUUCAAGGGAGUAUAUAGUGUUGGUAUCUGGUUAUAAUUCAGUUGUUUUUAUUUGAGGAGGGGGGUGGUUGUGAGUUGUGGUUGAUAUCUGUUCUCAUCUUACUGUAAGUUGCUGUUUUGAGGGUAUAUGGGUCUGGUUGUGUAAUGUUUCUUUUAUUUUUAUUAAUAAAAAAUUAUAAUUCUUUGUGUUUCA